CUCGAUAUUCGGCCCGGCCUCUUGAAAUGACAGGUUUUGGAGCAUCAGAAGUGUGGGUAAAUCCAAUGGAGGACCAGGCACCCCCAUGCCCAUCUGUCCAGGUGUUCAAAACGGUCCGGCGGCGCUUCCAAGCCUCAGCGGGGGCCAACCAUGGUGAUCAGAAACAGCACGUUGAUGCGACACCUGUCAGCGCCUCAGCGCCAACUGGCGACAGCCCAGAACGCUUUCGAUUGGGUCAAGGACUUCAUGGUAGACCCACCCCUCAAGUGGCUGAGACGUCCACUGAUGGACCAUAUGCGGCGGGUCCUUCUGGUCAACGACGCGAGCAGGAGCUGGGGGAAAGGGCGCACCCUUUGCAAGGGGUGCAUGCGCCAGCAUUUGAAUCACAGUCCCAACAGCCAACCUACUCCCUAGCCAUGACUCCUCCCUCAGGAGGGAUAGUUCCGCACUGCCAGGACAUGCGCCGAUGGAACCAGUUUGGCCCUUAUGUCGAGGCCCCGUUUCAGGAGGAGCGUCCGGAGCCCCCUGGGCAGCUGCAGUGGGAAGUGAAGCCGCCAAGCCAUUCACAAGGCCUUGGGGGCCAUGGUCAAGGAGAACCAUGGGGGAUGAGAGAUGGGCCUCACGGCGAGGCUUUAUCCCAAGAACAGGCACAACGAUCUCAGGAGCCCUUCCCCGCGCAGCAUUGGCAGCCAGAGAGUGAUCCCCUAGUCAGCAAAAUCCUCUCAAAAUCGCAACUUCCAUUCCCUGUACCCCGUCAAGUCUGGCAGUCUCAGCAGGGGGAGUUUCACCCCCCUGAAAGCGAGAACUUCCAACUGGCCCUGGGCAGAGCGGAAACGUUGGGGGGGGCGCUUUUAUCCAGGCAGGAUGUGGGGGCAUCAAGCCAAGGCUGGACUAACGAUGAGCGACGAGAGAUGCAAGAACUGCUGGGGUGCAUGCUGCCAAGCGCGGAUGAUGCAGCGCUGUUGAGAAAAUUGUCGCAUCUUCGCACUGCCCUGGACGAGGAGUCUCGCAUGAAGGCCCUCGCCUGCCGCGACGCCGAGUCCCUCCGCCUGCGCAUUUACGACCUUGAGGCGCGCAACGCGGCCCUCGACACGCAGCUCCAUGCGCUGAUUACGGCAGCAGGUGACUUCAGCGGCGAGGCGGCCCUGGCUGCGGCGCAGGAGGUGUGGCAGCGCGCCUUUGAGUCGGCCCGCGCUGAAAACCAGUCCGAGGUCAGACUAACCGAGGCGCGGUUAGCGGAGGGUUUGGAAGCCGAACGAGGCGAGCGAGAGCGGCUGGUCAUGGAGGCUGCGCAGAGUCGGUUGCUGUACAGAGCGAAGGGGCGCCAGUUUCGGAUGGUGCGCGAAGACCUUGCGGCGUCCGAGAGGAGGGGCGAGGAACUAGAGCGGGGCAUACUGGAGCUGAGAAGCGAGGUCGAAGGGUGGCAGAGGAAAGUGGAAGCGUUGGAAGCGGAAGUGAGGAAGUGUGGGGAGGAGUUGAGGGAGUAUCGAGAGGAAGUGGAGAAUGCGCGCGCGGCGGGGGGCGCGGCAGAGGAACGGUGGCAGGGGGAGGAGGCGCGCAGGAAAGAAGCGGAGUUGGAGGUGGAGUGCCUUGAAGAGCGCAUCCGGCAGCUCGAGAGCCACGACACGGGCGCGCUGCUCCGCCGGUACGACCAGCAGCUGCAGCAAACGCGCGCGGGUUUUCACACCGAGCGGACGCGGCUGCAAGAAACGAUCAGAGACCUGCAGAGAGAGCUGGCUGAGGCUUGGGAGAAGGCUGCAGAAAAAGACGAUGAGCGGGUGAGAGCAUGGGAAGAGAGUGGUGUGAACGGGGGCAGUGGGAAGGGGACUGAUGAGAACAGGCUCAGUGAGGCUGGGUUUGAGGGGAACGGGGUCAAGGCAGACAUUGGAACGUUGGCUGGGGGCGGAAUGGGAAGCGGCGGAACGCCGGAAUCUGUGAGGCAAGACGCGGAACGGGAGGCAGCGGAAGCCAAAGAGAGAGUUCAGGAAAUAGAGAAGCGGCUCGAGAAGCUGCAAACAGAGACGGCGGAGUUACGCGAACGGUUGGACGAGGCGGAAAAGGCGGAGCUUCGGAGAGGGGGACUCGAGGAAGAAGCGGAGCGAUUAAGGGAGCGGUGUGCUAAUCUGGAGCGCGGAAUGGAAGAGGAGCGGAGGGGGUAUUUACACAAGGUCGAGCGGCUAGAAGAGGAGCAGAAAGCGCAUUCACACCAAGUCGAGCAGCUGGAAGAGGAGCGGAGCGCGCAUUCACACCAGGUCGAGCGGCUGAGACACCAGGUGUUGGUGCUGCGGGAACAGCUGGAUGCGGUGGAAUCGAAAGCCAAAGCAAGUGAGGAAAAUCAGAAUCUGAACGCCCAGCAAAGUGAAGACGCCGGAAAGAGUGAAGCCGCUCAGGAAAGAGAGGGCCGGGAGAUUGGGGAGGGGGUUGGAUCUACGCGCGCUCAGGUCCUGCCGGGGGGCAAAGAAACACUGAAAUUGGAGGCCCCCGGACCGGUCAUGGAGCCGGAAAUGGCGGAAUGUGGCGGAAACCUUCAACAAAUCGGGAAAGAGAACUUGUCACCACCAGGGCAACGGGUUUUGUCGGAUGGAGCGGCGUAUCAAUCGGGCGGCGGUUUAAGAUCUGGGGAGAACGGAAGAGGAAUGUGGUUUGGGGAGGCGGAGAGCGAGCGGUCGAUGCUGCUGGGCGCGGCGCAAGAGGAGAUUGAGAAGCUGCAAGAGGUGAACGGGCGACUGAUGGAGGCGCUGCGAGCGGCGAAGAGGGAACAGGACGAGCAGGCGCGGUCGGCGAGUCAGCCGGGCAUUGCUUCUGACUCAAAAACUAGCAAAGGUCACUUCUCCAUCUCCGUUGAGCCCUCGGCACACGACACAGCCGCCAAUCAGACAGAGCCCUCCAACGAUCCCCUUCGCGAACAGCUGUCCGCUGCACAAUUGGACGCCCAGAAAGCGUGGACCGAAGUCGAGGCCAGCCGGCAGCGUCUGGCGCAGCUCGAAGAGAAGCUCUUGGCGGGGCGGAGUCUGUUCGCCAGGCAGGAGGACCUCUUCCGGGAUCUGCGGGCGGAGAUCGAGGAUGGGAAGACCCGCCUGGCGACGCAGGCGGAAGCCUUCCGGGAAUUGCGGGAGGAGUUGCUGACGGCCCGGGAGGAGCUUGACGUCAGCAGGCGGCUGCUCAGGCAAACGGCCCCUAAAGGGGGGGAUGAAAGAAGCUGGGUUGCAGCGGGGGGGCGCAAGAACGAGGGGGUAGACUUGGAAGCUGAGAAGCGGUCGUUUCGGGGGCAGGUUAUAAGAGAGGACGUUGAGGCGGUUAACAGAGGGGGGCGGUCGUCGCGAAGGGGCGACGCUGACGGGGCCUCAGACGAAGCGCUCUCUGGGCGGGAUGAGGAGACGUCCACUGACCGGAAGGAUGACGUCAGAAACGGGAGAGGGGACGUCAGUAUCACAACGUUACUGACGCAAAUGGAAACGGAGCCAGAGCUGAAGGGGCUGCCAGAGAGGGCGGCGGAAGAAACGGCGGAAGUGACGGGUUCGAACGCGGAGGCAGGGCGAGAACCUCAAAUCGAAGGGAACACAGUUGCGGGAGGAAUGACGUCAUCGCCUGCGAUAGACAAGGCCGGGGAGCGCUCUGACUGGGACGCAAUUGAGCGGGAGUCUGAAUUGCUGCUGAGGAGCAUAGAGCAGGCACAGGGGCAAAAAGACGAGUGUGAGAAUGCGUCCGGUGACGAAAGUGUGAACGGGCUGUCGGGUAUGAGUGCGGAUGGGCACCGAGAAGAGGCUGUCCACUGGGUCGGGGAGGAGAGUACGAGUGGGCUGUCGGGAGGUGUGAACGGGCUCCAGGUUGAGAGUGUGAGUGGCGGCCCCUUGGAGAGCGUAGCGGAGUCGGUUCAUUCGGUGCAGGGCCACGUGGGUGCCACGUCAGCCCCUCGAGAAACGGUCCCACUUGGGUCGUUCGAAGCGGGGAAGUCAGAGAAAUUGGAGAAGGAAGAGGGGACUCUGUGGGAGACCAUUGAGAACCCAGAGGACACGGUUAGCGCGUCCUUCGUUGAACCGACCCGAGACAAGGAAGGAGAGAGUCCGUCUGGGAAGGCGAGUUGGGAUGAGGUGCAAUCGGUCGGAAGGCCAGAGGAUGAGAUCCGGAAGGAAAGAGUCCCUGUUGAAGAAGGACGCGUUGCGCAGCGAGCUGUGGCCGGAGUCCCUGACGCGCAACCGAGCGAAAGUCGCUCAAUGCAAUGUUCGCCCCACUAUCUUACAGUAGUGGACAAGUCUUCUUCUCCAGAACCAAGCCUUGCUGGUCGGCACCCUUCGUUUGUUGCUAGUAAAGCGGCGGCAGCCAACCGCCUAUUGGCUGUGAAGACGGAAGCCCAGUCUGCGGACUUGCCGCCAGAUAGCUUCCCAUCCGAACAACUAUCUCUGACGACGGUCGGUACUGGGGGGCCUGAUAGCGAUGCCGGACGCAAUACUCGGCGCGGUUUGGACGUGUUAAAGGAAGUGGCGAGUCCGCCAGGAUCAACGACGGAGCUCGGCAGAAGGGAACGGGAUCGGAACGGAGCGGAUGCCGGAAGCCCGGCGAGCGGCGCAACCGCAGGGGACAGCAUCGCUGAGGUCAUUGCCAUCCUGGGCGAUGAGCCGUCCCUCCGCCACGUGGCAGAGGCUGGUUGGCCGCCCGGCGGCGAUGCGGGACCGCGGCCAAGAGCAAGGGGUCCGUCACGGAUGGUGCAGAAGGAAGGCCGGCGAGGAACGGAACCGGAAAACGGAAAACUCACUGUGGAAGUACACGGGAGCGGAAGACCGGAACCGAUGGGCCAGAAGGUCAACUCUGGGAAAGCAGGGAACGACGUGUGGCGCACGGAGAACCGCGUUACGAGACUUUUCCAGCGAGUUGAUAACGGGGAUGCGGCAGGGAUUGGUCGGGAGGGGGUUGGUCAAGCGAGGCUUGUUGUAGAUUCUAAACGGGGUGAGGCCGUUCAGACUGGUUCCGCUAACAGAGCGGAGCGGGAACCGGACCGACCAAUAAGCGGCAACGAAAAUGUCGCUGACGCCCCGCUGGCAGUACUCAAGCGCAGGCCAGUCGGUUACGACGCGAACGCGGUUCUCAGGCGCGUCCGGAAGCGCGAGAAGCGGGAGCGGGAGGCGCUCCGGGAGCUCCGGGCGGCCAACGGAACGGAUCCGGAAAGCGGUGGGCCGGGCAAAGUUGGCACUAAGCGGCACGAGGACGGGGUGGUUGGGGCGAGCACCCCGGGGAAGGAAGUUCGGUCGAGAAAGGUGAUGAGAGCCUCGAGAAGUAUGAGCCCAUUUGGGGAACGGAACGUGCUGAGGCCGGCACGUUCUUUCGGGGCGGGGCCGCGAUUGCAAGAAGACGGGCUGCUUUUGCGAGAAGGGUACCCGGGAGUGGACAGUGGCGAGGUUCCGGUAUCGGCGGCAGGCAAGCCCAAAACAGAACUAAUCAAAAUGGAGCCGGUGCGGAACGGCGAUGACGGGAUGCUCGGUCUGAGGGUCUCGGAGUUGCACCGGGAGCGGUCGAGGCUGCAGCUUGCGCUGGCUAUGAAACAUGCCCAACGGGCAGCGGCCGGGUCGGGAAUUGAGGCCUGAUGUUUCCUUGUAGAUAGAUGGAGCCUUCGAUACAUUAUGGACACUUUUUUGCAGUACAUGAACAGCACUGAUCAGCUGAACCUUGUCGCGAACUUGGUCCAAGCCCC